AUGAAUGCUUUACUGGUUCUGCUUGUGUGCGCCUUCUGCUGCAGUGUGGAUGCCAAGCCUCCGGCAGCUCGGCGGGCACAGCUGCACGACGACGUCCAGCUCAUCCAUCCGCACAUCAUAACCCUGGAGCGUUUGGAGAACCUGCUGCGGCGUGCAGGGGAAAUCUUUGGCCCUGCCCUCGAGGAAGAUGCCAUGGCGGCGGAGGCCAGUAGCCAGGUGCAGGAGCAAGUGCAGCCCCAGCAGCGAAUGCUGCCGCCCACGGAGCAGCCGUACAACUUCUAUCUGCCGCUCUUCGACUACGUGGAGCCCAAGCUGGACGCCAAGAGCCGGAUGCUGGAGAAGAUUGCUCCGCCGCCGCAGAAGACGGAGCACAACUACUACGCGGACAAGCCAAAGAAGAAGCCAAAGAAGUUCAAUGCGGCCAACAAGCACAUCAACCUCAAUCUCAAGUGGCUGAACACGUAUGAGAAGGCCAUGGGCGGAGCAACUGCCCCCAAGGCCAUGUACCUCGAGCAGGAUGAGCGCAAUAGGAUCAACUUCGAUGACUCCUUCUUUGCGGUGGACAUGCAGGUGAAGAUGCCCGACAAUCAGCCGCACAAGGAGCUCCUCCAGCACGGCGAGGAGCAGGCGGAGGAGGAUCUGAUGGCCGCUCCGGCGCAGUUGGCCUUCAACUUCAAGUCUCCCGUUCAGGAAGAGCGUAGCACAUAGAUGGGUUCU